UUUAACCGAUCCAAUCUUUUUUCCAGCCAAACGAAAACUUCAACACAGAUAGAAUAAAAAAAAAAAAUUCCGGCGAGGAUUGAUCGAACAAGGAAACAGGAUCCGAUAAAUCUUCCACUGUUUUUAAUUUUUACCCACCAUAAUCAUCCAUCUAUAUCUAUGUGAUUAUUCGAAGAAAUAAAAGAGAGAGAGAAAAAGAAAUCUGUUCUUAGGAAUGGGGUUUCAAGAAUUGGUAAACUCCAUUGACUGGGAGCAAGAAUCCUACCCGCAGUAUGAAGAUUUCAUUGUACUCCCCUUUUUCGCCGUAUUUUUCCCCACCAUUCGAUUUUUGCUCGACAGAUUCGUCUUUCAGAAAGUCGGAAUGCGAUUAAUACACGGCAAAUGGACGCAAGUGGUGGUAAACGAGACGGAUGACCAAAAAAAGAAGAUAAGGAAGUUCAAAGAAUCGGCAUGGAAAUGCAUUUAUUAUCUCUCUGCUGAAAUAUUAGCACUUCUUGUCACAUACAACGAACCCUGGUUCACAACAACAAAAUAUUUCUGGGUGGGCCCGGGAAACCAGGCCUGGCCAGACCAAACAUACAAGCUGAAACUGAAGGGGCUAUAUAUGUACGUUGGUGGAUUCUAUACGUACUCGAUAUUUGCUCUGAUUUUCUGGGAAACGAGACGCUCGGAUUUCGGUGUUUCGAUGAGUCAUCAUGUUGCAACUUUCAUUCUCAUCGUGUUGUCGUAUAUAUUCAGGUUUGCGCGCGUUGGUUCGGUUGUAUUAGCUCUUCAUGAUGCUAGUGAUGUGUUUCUCGAAGUGGGAAAAAUGUCUAAGUACAGUGGGGCAGAUGCAUUGGCUAGCUUCUCGUUUGUCGUUUUUGUUCUCUCGUGGGUCCUACUUCGUCUCAUAUAUUAUCCGUUUUGGAUUUUGUGGAGUACAAGUUACGAAGUAAUUCAGACAUUGGAUAAGGAUAAGCACAAAGUGGAUGGACCGAUAUAUUACUACGUAUUCAAUUUCCUUCUUUUCUCGUUACUCGUACUUCAUGUAUAUUGGUGGGUUUUGAUGUAUCGAAUGCUCGUCAAGCAAGUCCAAUCGAGGGGUGUUGUGAGUGAAGAUGUUCGAUCUGAUUCGGAAGAUGAAGAUCAGCACGAAGAUUGAUCGAUGAAAUUCUUUUUCUUACCACUCUGCAACAAAAUUCGAAAGAAGUGUACAUUUUACACAUGAUGUUUAUUUUGACUUAGUAAUGACAAGAACAUUUCCUAUGAAUCGGACAACAGCAGAAAUUUGCUAUGUUAGAUCAUGUGUUGGCUAAAGUUUUUUUUUUUUUAAUUUAAUUUUUUUUAUUUAAAUACUUUUGGUACCAUGAUAAGUGUACCAUUGAUUUGGAUAUUGUAAAACUACCAGUGGACAAAGUGUAGCCAAGAAUACUUUGUGUAAUAUAUUUUUUUUCAUUUUCAAA